CGAAACAGUGAAAAAAAGUGAAAUAACCGAAGCGCAGGACCAAAGAAACAAGAGAACAACGAAACAGUGAAAAAAAGUGAAAUAACCGAAGCGCAGGACCAAACAAACAAAAGAACAACGAAACAGUGAAAAAAGUGAAGUAAUCGAAGCGCAGAAAACGAAAUAAUAAUAAUAAUAAUAAAUAAACGCAUACAAUAUACAGUCCAGAAAGUGCAGUGAAAAAAAAGAAAAGAGGAGAACUAAGCGAACAACAGCAAGAACAGGGAGUGGGAGCGAAAGAAGAAAAAAAAUGAAAAGUUCUGAAAGCCCGCACACCACAUACAACGAACAGGAGAAUGAAUAACUCAGAGACACAGUAAAGGUGACCAACAGAACAGAGACUCAAAAAAAAAUAAAAAAAAUAAAAAUAAAAGGCGGGCGAAAAAAACAACAACAAAAGAUAUGUAAACACCCCACCACCAAACAAACAAACAAUGGAUAAGGAAUAAAAAAAUGUGAAAAUUCAGAAUAAAUAAGUACGGUGCCGCGGGGGACAGUGAAUAUAAGAAAAUGAAUGCCAGUGAGAUGGGGCACCACCACCACCGCCGCGUCACGUGUUGCGAGAAUAGUUUUUCAACGUGCGAAAUCGCGUUCCGGAGAGCCGCUGCAGCCUCCAGGUAGUGCUCGGCUUGGCGGCGAGACGUUCUCCUCUUCCUUUUUCGUCUCCCUCUUUUGUUUUAGCGCGAGGACUAAGCAUAUUCCAAGUACGGUCGAGAGGAUAGGAAGAGAGGACGCCCGGUGAAGAUUCUGUCUGCCUCCGAUGUCUCCCCCGAUGACGAGACUCCUGAUUCUCGCCCUUUCUUCCCUCCUGGGGUGGGCGGCGGGGCGGCAGAGGUUCCGGCAGCGGCCCGAGAGUGUGGAGGUUGUGGAGGGCGAGGACGUGUUGCUGCGCUGCGAGGUGCUGGACCAGGAGGGGCGCGCCCAGUGGACCAAGGACGGCUUUGCCCUGGGGUUUGAGCGAAGCGUGCCCGGCUACCCCCGCUUCAGCUACCUGGGUCGUCCGGGGCUCGGCCAGCACCACCUGCUCAUCAGCGGCGUCACGACCACCGAGGACGGCGAAUACCAGUGCCAGGUGGGGCCCGGCUCCUCCAACCGACCCAUCUGGGCCGCCGCCAACGUCACCGUGUUGGUGGCGCCGCGGAACGUCGAGAUCCUGGGGCGGAGCGACGGGGAGGACGUGGAGGUGGCGGAGGGCGACUCCCUCACCCUGGACUGUGUGGUGAAGGACGCCCGCCCGGCCCCCUCGGCUACCUGGCUCAGGGACGACGUGCCCCUCCCGCAAGGGCUGGUGGAGGAGGCGCUGGAGAAGUCGUCGCUGCCUCGCAGGUGGAGCGUCAGGAGCCGCCUGGUGCUGCGGGUGGCGGCUGAGGACGACGGGCGGCUGCUGUCCUGCGAGGCCGCCCACCCCGCCCUCAGGGGGACCACCGCCCCCCCGGCGGCCUCCGUCACCCUCUCCGUCCUCCACCCCCCCGGGCCGCCCAGCAUCAGCGGCUACGAGGCGGGGGACGUGCUGGUGGCGGGGCAGCGCGUCGUGCUGGUGUGCCGCGCGACGGGAGGCAACCCGCGCCCCGCCCUCACGUGGCACCGCCGUCCGCGCCCCAUGACCCGCGGCUCAACCACGCCCGCCGCCGCCACCCUCGCCGCCACGGCCGCCGCCACCUCCGUCACCACCACCGCCACCACCACCACGAGCCGCCUCCAGCUCACCGCCACCGCCGAGGACGACGGGGCCGAGUACGAGUGUCGCGCCGAGAGUGACCUGCUGGAGCGACCUCUGGCGGCCAGCGUGACCCUCACCGUGUACUAUGCCCCUUCGUCAGUGAGUGUCUCUGGGCCUCGCGAGGUGACCCUGGGCUCCAUCGUCUCCCUCACCUGCGAGACCAGUGAAUCCAACCCCCCUGCUGUUCUCACUUGGCGCGUGGACGGGGAGGAGGUGCGGGCGACGCGGGAGAUCAUGAGCGAGGUUAGCACCGGCGGCUGGGCGACCUCCUCCGAACUGAUCCACCAGGUCCCCGAAGCUACCCCCGCCACGCAGGUCACCGUCGAGUGCCUGGUGGUGAACCCGGCAGUCUCGCGGCCCCGGAGCAAGACUGUCUUCAUCUCCAUCAACAAGCCCGCGGGACCUCCAGUGUUUGAGAGCGAUCCGGGAAGAGAUGUUUUGGCAGGAACGACCCUGGACGUGAUCUGCCUCAGCCGCGGGGGCCACCCUCCUCCAGCCAUCAGGCUGUACAAGGUCAACCAGCCCCUCAGCGCCGUCGUCUCCACUGAGGGUAACGUGACCCGCGCCGCCGCUACCCUGCAGGUCAUCCCCAGCGACAACGGGUCAGAGGUCACGUGCGAGGUCAGCAGCUCGGCCACCAGCAGACCCAUGACCGCCUCGUUUGCCAUGUCCGUCUUCUUCCCGCCGUGGGAGGUCAACGGGUGGGUGUCGCCGCCCACGGUGGAGGAAGGUCAACCGCUCACCCUGUCCUGCCUCUCCUCGCCGAGCCUCCCGCCCGCAAAUAUCACCUGGAGGUCAAGCUGGCUGCCCCUCUCCCCCCCAGAGGUCACCCACCACAGCCCCGCCGCCUUCGGGGGAUUCAGCACAGAGUCCCAGGUGGUGGUGGCGCGGGCGGCGGCGAGCCACGACGGGCGGCCGGUGGUGUGCGAGGCGACCAACGGCCUGGCCUCGCCCGUCUCCACCUCCCUCACGCUGCACGUCCUGCACGCGCCGCUGUGGGUCACCAAGCCGCCGGCGAGGAUCAACGUGACUGAGGGAACCGACCUGGUGGUGAAGGCCGCCGCGCUGGCCAACCCGGGGCCCAUCAGGUAUUUAUGGCGGAAAGUGAAGGAAGAGAGAGAAAGGAACAGUAUUGGCAGCGUGGACAGCGAGGAGCAGGACGAAGGGGAAGGGAGCUACAUCGACAGCGACGGAGAGAGGAUGAGGAUCGCGCGGGUGUCGAGGGGGGACUCCGGGCACUACAGCGUGAAGGUGACCAGCCCGCGGGGGUCCUCCAGCGCUCCCUUCUACGUGAAUGUACAGUACGGGCCCGAGGACGUGUCGGCGGAGGAUCGGCGGGAGGUGGCGGCGGGCGAGAAGGUUCGCCUCAAGUGUUCCUCCAGCGGCAACCCUUCCCCGCGCCUCACCUGGACCACCGAGGCCCAGCCCCCCGCCAGGCCGGCUAUCGGACUGGGCUCCGGCGUGGGCGUGGCCUGGCUGGUGGUGGAGGCGGCCAGCGCGAGGGACACGGGCCUCUACUUCUGCCACGCCAGCAGCCCGCUUGGCUCGGCUCCCCCUGUGGUGACUCGCCUGGUGGUUCAACAGCCAGCAAAGAUCAUCUCAGACGGUGAUGCUGCUACCAAACCAGCGAGAAAGGGCGGCAGCCAUGCCUCCUGGGCCGAGGUGGGCGGCACCGGGCGGCUGGUGUGCCGGGUGCGGGCCGCCCCGCCGCCCACCUUCGUCUGGAGCAGCUCCAGCGACCUCAUUCUGCUGAACAGCGACAAGUACACCAUCCACGAGCCUCAGCUGACGGAUGGGCUGGUCACGUGGGCGUCCGUGCUGGAGGUCACCAGGAUUCGUCACCAGGACUACACCAGCUACCGCUGCUCCGCCCACAACGCCCUAGGCUCAGAUUCCGUGUUGGUUCACCUCAGGCCACCCAGCCGCCCGCUGCCGCCCCUCCACCUCAAGGUGGCCAAUGUGACGGCACGGGAGGUGUGGCUCACCUGGACCCCCAACCUGGAGGGCGGCGCCCCCCGGGGCUACACUGUCAGGUACCGGCCCGUCAACAGCUCGUCCUACCAGCACCUGGAGGUGGAGGGCGGCCUGACCUCGGUGGCGCGCCUCCAGGGCCUGGAGCCCGGCCGGCAGUACACGGUGGGCGUGCAGGCGUCCAGCCCACACGGCCGAUCUCACUUCGUCAGCCACGCCGUGCUCACCUGGCCAGGUCGCGACACGGAGCCGCCCACCAGCUUCCAGGGCCUAGCGGGCGGCGGCGCCGCAGUGACCAGAGGGAGGGGCGUCGGGGGCGGCGCGGAUGGGAUGGGGCAGGGUGGCGGCGGCGCCUCCAGGCUGCCUCGCUUCAUGCUGCUACUCCUCACGCUGACGGGCGCCGCGCUGCUGCUGCUCAACCUCUCCAUCAUCACCUGCUUCGUGCGACGCAGAGCCGCCGCUGCCGCGGCUGCUGCCGCCGCAGCAGCUGUUACUACAUCAGUGUCAGACAAGAGGUCGCCCACACUGGGGACUAAGGAGGGCUCGCCCGCCACACUGCCGGGCACGCUGAACUACCAGUCUCUGUUGUCACUCACGGCGCUGUCCCCCGCGGGACACCAGCAGUCGCCCACCCUCGACCAGGUGGACAGACAAAACCUCUGUGGGAACGGUGGCUUGGCGUCUCCUCCCCCCGCCGUCGCCGCCGCCACCAUGCCCGUCACCACCACGAUCACCACCACGCAGCUGUCGCACCAUAACGGCGGGGUCAUCACAACUAGCAGCACGUUCAUCGCUCUCAGGACGACUUCUCCCCGCACUGUCUCGUGGGGAGGACGCUCUGACGGAGCUGCACAUCAACUUUCUGCUGGCCCCAACACUUCUGCGGAAACUAAUUUUGGAGUUCCGGCUUCUAUUACUGCCGCUUCCUCUGCGGAAAGUCCCAAGAUUUCUCGGAGUCUGCAUAUCACCGGAGGUCUGCCACAAGGGCCUGACGUUUGUUUGGUUACUCCUGGUGCCUACGACGACGUGUCUGGUCGCCUGAGGAGUCCUCAACCGCCGUCGGAGGACCAAGUGUCUAUCAGCUCCUUCAGAAGUAGCAACAUGGAAAGUUCCAGCGUGUGUUCCUCUCAAGGGCUUUUCCGUCCACUGUCGUCGCUCAGAAAUCUUGAUUACCUGCAGGAGGCACCGGAAAUAGUGCAGGAUGCCGUCAGGUCCCUCCCACAGCCUCACAACCCGACCCACCGCUCCCCUUCGCCAGGCAAGGACCGCUACGGCCCCGAGGAUUCGCAGCCCACACACUACUCCAGCUUGAGUCCCUCGGGGCUCCUCAUGGCGGGCCCGCACCUGUCCAAGCCAGCCUGUAGCCUUAUCUCCUUCACAGGUGCGCGUGGAGCGAGUCGCUCCCACUCCUACACUCCCCUCGCAGCCAGACGCCUCACACCCACCAAGGUCCCCUGCCCCCGUCCGCCUUCCCGCUCCAGCGAAGGAGCGGCAGCUCAACACGAACAUUUCGAGUCCGCAAGCACCUCCGCAGCCUCCAGUCCAGGUGACUCCAAGAGGCCUAAUCAACACACGAGAAAAAGUUCCCACGAUUUCGUUAACUCAACGAAGAAGAAUGCCGCAGACCCAAAAACCUCGACUAUGCCCAGAACCUUAAAGUGUGCCACGAAUACUGUGCUAGAGAAUGGCUGCUCCGGGAACUCCUUCGUCAGGAGUCCGGUGUCUGAGCAGUCCUUCACGUUAGCCGCCAGCAGCGGAAGCGAGUCGCCUGUUGUGGUGCAGGCCGCUGCUUCCUCCUCCCUCAGCCCACAGGAGGCACAACAGGUGGCCCAGGAGGGAGCAGACGACCCCCUGCAGGAGUUCAGCGGCUCCUCCGGGUACAACAGCAGCAGUCCGGAUCAGGACAUUACCAGAGAUCCGCGGGCUGUGGCUUUGUGGUCUGAGAAGGCGACGGAGGAAGGAGACGGACCGAGCAGCAGAGAGCCCGAGCAGGGAGAACACUGAUAGUGGUGCCAUCGCCUGGGCCGCGGCAGACACCUGGGGACGCACGGGUGAGUUUGUGGCUGAGCAAAGGCAUCGCAGAAGCUCGAAAAUGUAAUGAUUGAAGGUUUGUAUUUAGUGAAGCGGUAGGUUAGCAAACUAUAUUUUACAAAAAAUCGGAAUUAUAAAUGUAUAGGUUGCAUCUAAGAUUGUAUGGCUGUUAUUUCUGUAUUACCAUAUACCUUAAAUUAUAUAUUAUGGGUAACCUGUGCCCUGUAAAUAAAUCAUAUACAUAACAUGGAGGCAAGUGCCAUUGUGUGGGAAAGGUAAUAAAGACUUUCUAA